UCUACCGGUGGGAUUGUGCACAGUGAGAGCUAGGCUCGUGCACGUGCGUGAGGACCGCUGGCAAUGCGUGCACGGCUUUGAAUUUGCAGUAUGGGUACUUGAGAGCAGGAUGAAGGAGUGGUGGAUUCAGGUUGGACUUUUGACUGUUCCUCUUGUCGCUGUCUAUCUGCACAUUCCUCCUCCAAACCUCUCUCCAGCCCUCUACACAUGGAGGUCAUCAGGAGCAUUUUUCACUUUUCAAGAGCAGCGAAUAUUUUACAAAGAUUCACUGGGGACCGUUGGCAACUCUGAUGUGUUGGUUCUUUUGCAUGGUUUUCCAACAUCCAGUUAUGACUGGUAUAAGGUGUGGGAAGGUCUAACUCAGCGAUUUCACAGAGUUAUUGCUGUAGAUUUUAUCGGUUUUGGUUUCAGUGAUAAACCGAGACUCCACCGAUACUCCAUUUUCGAACAGGCUUCCAUAGUAGAAGCACUUAUUAGUCACCUUGGCCUGAGCGAUCAGAAACUGAACCUCUUGUCUCAUGAUUAUGGGGAUACUGUUGCCCAGGAACUGCUUUACAGGUAUGACCAUGGAAGAAAGGGGCACAUUAAUAUAGGAAGCCUGUGUUUGUCCAAUGGAGGUAUUAUCCCAGAAGUGCAUUAUCCCAGGAUUGUCCAAAAGCUGUUAAAGGAUUCUGGUAUCUUUUCCCCAAUUCUUACAAGGCUGAUGAAUUUCUAUAUGUUUAGCAGAGGCAUCAGUGAGGUGUUUGGCCCCCAUACACAGCCAUCCGAAACAGAAUUCUGGGACAUGUGGACUGCUCUGAGGAACAAUGAAGGGAAUUUGGUGGUGGACAGUAUUUUGCAGUAUAUAAAUCAACGCAGGAAACACAGAGAUCGCUGGGUGGGAGCAUUGGCCAAUUCCUCUGUUCCAUUACAUCUAAUAUAUGGACCACUUGAUCCUGUCAAUCCACACCCUCAGUUCCUAGAGCACUACACAAAACUAAUUCCAAAGUCGACCUUCUUUGUUCUGGAUGAUCAUAUCAGUCAUUACCCACAGCUGGAGGAUCCUACAGGCUUUCUUAAUGCUUAUCUGAGUUUCAUCAACUCAUUCUGAUCCAGGGAGAACUGUGACUUUUUUGUGCAUGUGUAAUUUCUAUAUCUUCAUCCUCAAAGGAGACCAAGCCACCAAGAGAAAGCAAUAAGGCCUACAACAUGUUUACAGUUCUUGGACCAGUUUACUUUGUAUGCUUAUUUGAUAGUUUCAAGCCUUACCUCAGGGAUAACUGUUCUUUAGCCCAUUUUACUGCAAUAGCAGUGUUUCCUUUUCUCCACCAUCAAUUUUCAAAAUUAAAAAUAUCGUUGAGAGCAAAGUCUAGCAAACUAAAUUGUGUAGAUGACCUU